AUGGCGAUCGGAGGCUGGGAACAAGACAUGCGCAGAGCUGCAGAUGAUAGUCUGCAGACUCUCCAAGUCAAUUGGCAUCUUGGCUUCACUUCAUUUGGCGGACCUCCUGUUCACUUUAAGAUCUAUCAAGAACUCUUCAGCGUCUCGCAAGCUCUAUCUGGUCCUGGAAGCACCAAGAUGCUGUAUUGCAUCAAUCUCAUACACGGUGGAUUUUUACAAGCUGUCCUGGCUUUCUUGAUCUGGAGUUUACCUGGCUGCUUGGGCAUGUUCGGCUUUUCAGUCGGUGUGUCCAACAUCGGCGACACUCUCCCUCGCGCAGUAUACGCUCUUCUCUCUGGUCUGAAUGCUGCAACUGUUGGCAUAAUCGCUCUGGCGGCUGUCGAGCUUUCUGGUAAAGCCAUCACUGAUCAGACCACCAGACUUAUUCUGUCUCUGACUGCCAUGGCUGGAAUGUUGUACAACGCGCUGUGGUAUUUUCCUGUACUUAUCGUUGCAGGUGGCUGCGGUACGGUCAUCUAUGACUACAAAUGGCUACAUCGUCCUGCACGAGGUGUUAGGAAUGCUUACCUAAGGGCCAGACGAGGAAGAGUUGCUAAGACAGAGAAUGUCCAAGGCGCUGAGAACGGAACGGGCAGCGGCGAUGCUAUAAACCUCCGCGAGCAUGAUGCCACCGAGGCGAGAGAAUCUGAACCACGUGUCGUCCCGCAAGAGUAUCAGCUUGGUUUCUCGUGGAGAUCCGGAGCAGUAAUCAUUGUCGCCUUCUUGAUCACCUUUAUCGCCGUUGUUUCCCUGCGAGGAACCCUACCUGACGCCCCUCUACUAUACAAGCUCUUUGCUAAUCUCUACCUUGCUGGGACCAUCAUCUUUGGUGGUGGUCCCGUGGUGAUUCCCCUCCUCCGAGAAUACGUGGUAGCCGAAGGAUGGGUCAGUCCCCGCGACUUUCUAAUUGGCCUCGCCAUCGCUCAAGCAUUCCCCGGUCCAAACUUCAACUUUGCCGUAUUUCUCGGUGGUCUCACAGCCGUUCACGGUGGCUACCCAGCCAUUGCGGGUGCUUUGAUAGCGUACCUUGGCAUCUUCGUCCCAGGAAUGGUUCUUGUGCACGGGACAAUGGGGAUCUGGGAGGUUCUGAGAAGCAGACCCUGGGUCAGGUCUGCCCUGCGGGGAGUGAAUGCAGGCGCUGUGGGACUCAUAUAUACAGCUGUGUAUAGAAUCUGGCAAGUUGGAUACAUCGAUGAGGGGUUCCAAUCGGGGAAGAGUCUGGCCGAUGACCCAUGGUGGGUUGUUGUCACAGCGACGUCUUUUGUUGGAGCGCGGUACUUUAAAGUUCCAGUGCCUCUGGCAAUUCUUCUUGGUGCUUGCAUGGGGCUUCUGAGGUAUGGGAUUGUGUCUGCCUAG